AUGACAAUAACAACACCAAUACGAUAUGCAAUUGUUAAAUCAAUUAUUUCCGUACCAAAAUUAGCACGUCCACCAACUAAUUCAAAUACUAGUGAAUCAUCUAUUGAUGAACCAUAUGCAUUUGAAGCUCGUGAAUAUUUACGUAAACGAUUAGUUGAUCGUGAAAUUUGUUAUACAAUUGAUUUUCAUAUAACACAAACAAAUCGUUCACUAUGUACAGUUUAUUUAGGAAAAGAUAAAGAAACAGAUGAAAAUAUUAUUGAAUCAUUAUUAUCUGAAGGUCUUGUAGAAUUACGACAACAAACUGGUGCACGCGCAAAUGAUGCUAAUUAUCAACGUUUAGUUAUUAUUGAUGAACAAGCAAAAUUAAAUAGACGUGGUCAUUAUUCAGAUGAAUCACCAAAUGCUUAUAUAAGAAAUAUGAAAAGGACAUUAAAAAAUCCUAAACAAUUUGUUGAUAAACAUAAAUCAUCACCACCAUUAGAUGCUAUUGUAGAAUUUAUACGUGAUGGUAAUACAGUACGUUGUUUACUUAUACCAUCAUAUUAUUUAGUAACGAUACAAUUGAGUGGUAUUAAAUACCCUAUGUUAAAACGUGAUGAUAAUUCAACAAAUGAACUAUAUGCUGAAGAAGCUAAACAAUAUGUUGAAACACGAUUAUUACAAAGACAAGUUAAAGCUAUAUUAGAUGGAGUUAAUAAUCAAAAUUUACUUGGAACUUUAUUACGUCCAAAUGGAAAUAUAGCAAUAUAUUUAUUAAAAGAAGAAAAAUAUGCAAAAGAUAACCGAUUAAAAAUUUGGCAAAAUUAUAUACCACAACCAGCUCUUAUUGAUAUUGAUAGUAAUACUGCUUCAGCUGUUAAUAGUAAAUCAAAUGAUUCAUCACUUAAAGGAUAUCAGGCUAAAAUCUUGGAAAUUGUUAAUUGUGAUGUAUUAACAAUUCGUGAUUUACGUGACAAUAAAAUUAAAAAGAUCUAUCUUUCAUCUGUUCGUUCUCCACGUACUGCUGAUUUUCAACAAAAAACUGAUGAAAAUAAUUCAAAUCUUAAUCGACAACAAAUAAAACGAUCACUUUAUGAAAUACCAUAUUUAUUUGCUGCACGUGAAUUACUUCGUAAACGUUUAAUUGAUAAAAUUGUAUGUAUUGUUACUGAUUAUAUUCAACCAGUAAAUAAUAAUUAUCCAGAAAAAAUUUAUUGUACUGUUUAUAUUGGAAAUAUUAAUAUUGGUGAAGUUUUAAUUUCAAAAGGUUUUGCAAAAGCUAUAAGAUAUCGACAAGAUAAUGAACAACGAUCAUCUCGUUAUGAUGAUCUUCUUAUUGCUGAACAACAAGCAGAAAAAUGUUCUGUUGGUUUAUUUUCAAAUAGUAGUGAUCUUUAUCGUAUUGUUGAUAUGACUGGUGAUACUAAUAAAGAACGAGCUAAAGGUUUACUAAAUAUUCUUCAACGUAAUGGUCGUAUGGAUGGUGUUGUUGAAUUUGUUGCAAGUGGUUCUCGUUUUCGUAUACAUUUAUUAAAAGAUAAUUGGAUUAUGUCAUUUUUAUUAUCAUCAAUUAAUUGUCCACGUGUUGAACGACGUAUUCCUGUGAGUAGUAAUUCACAACAACAACAAAAAAUUGAAUCCGAUGAACCAUUUGGUAUUGAAGCAUUAAAUUUCUCCAAAGAACAUUUCUUACAACGAGAUAUUUUUGUUGAAGUUGAAAGUAUGGAUCGUGGUAGUAAUUUUAUUGGUCGUUUAACAACUACUGAUGGACAAUCAGUUGCAUUAAUACUUGUACAAACUGGUCUUGCUAAAAUACAUAAUUCUGCAUAUAAUGCAUCAAAUUAUAAACAAUUAUUAGAAGCUGAAGAAAAAUGUCGAAAGGAACAUAUUUGUAUUUGGACUAAUUAUGAACAAUCAUCAAUAAAAGAGAAUGAAAAUGAAAAUGAAAGAGAAAAUAAUCCUGAAAAUGAAAAUAUAUAUGAAUCAGAUAUAAUUAAUUUUACUGAUCCACGUUUUCGUGAUGCUUUUAUUACUUAUAUAACAUCUGACUUAAAAAUUUAUCUACAAUAUUCUGAACACGGACGAAAGCUUGAACAAUUACAAUCUGAAUUACGUGAAAUAUUUAAUCGAACAAAACCUAUCGCUGCACGUUUUACAGCUGAUAAUGAAUGGUAUCGUGCACGUGUUGAAAAAAUUGAAGGAAAUAAUCGUAUAUCAAUUUAUUUUGUUGAUUAUGGUAAUCGAGAAAUAAUUACAGAUUUAAAUCAUCUUACAACAUUACCACCUGGUUUUUUACAAUUAAAUAGUCAAGCUCAUGAAUAUGAAUUAGCUUAUGUUCGAGCACCACCAGAUGAAGAUGAUCGACAAGAAACUAAAAAUGCUUUAUUAGAUGAAAUAGGUAAUAAUGAAUGUUUAAUAAAAGUUGAAUAUCGUCAAAAUAAUAUUGAAUAUAUAUCACUUUAUUAUAUUAAUACAAAAGAAAAUAUAGUAAAAAAAAUAGUUGAACAAGGUCUUAUUAUUAUUGAACAAGAACGUAAUCGUCGUCAAAUACGUUCAACAUUAUUAUAUGAUGAAUUACAACAAGCACAAACAAUAGCUAAAGUAGCACGUCGUGGUCUUUGGCAAUAUUCUGAUCAAAUUGAAGAUGGUGCAACUGAAUUUGGUUUUACUGGGCCUUUAAUUUUUUUCUAUUUAACAAAUUGA